AGAUGCUACAUUUGAUCCUAGGGGUAACAUUUGUCCGUAAUGGCAGAUCCUGAGCCGAGAAAGGAUGAGGCAGAUUCCAGGCGUCUUCAGACAUUCCCCAUCGUCAGACACUGCGAUAUGCCAGAGGAAAUGAAAGUGGAGACGAUGGAACUGUGUGUCACGGCUUGUGAGAAAUAUACUGGAAAUAAUGAGACGGCAGCCAAAAUGAUCAAAGAAACGAUGGACAAGAGGUUUGGAGCUUCCUGGCACGUGGUGGUUGGCGAAGGGUUUGGGUUUGAAGUCACCCAUGAGAUGAAGAACAUUCUGUACAUGUAUUUCGGCGGCAACAUGGCCGUCUGUGUGUGGAAGUGCACAUAACAUAGGAACUGUAUGUGGAGCUAGCAGCACUGAACCCCUCCCCCCUUCCUCCCCCCCCCCCCACUCCCCCUUCCCCUUCCU